CAAUAAAGAAAAAACAAUUAGGAAAGAAAAACAGGGCAAGAUUUCUGUUGUUUUUGGUGCUGAUUGUUAAUCUGAUUUUAUGAAUUAAAUUGAAAAUCUUAACCUGGCAUUAGAAAAUGUCUACACAACGCUCUUUUGCCCAAAGAGUUUCCAAACAGCCCGCAGCUGAUAUACGCAAAAAUGUCGUAAAUUGCCACAUGCAAACUAAGGCAAUUGAGCCGGGAUCCUUGAUGUGUUUAUCCACGAUUUCUCUUACAGAUCCUAUCGAUUAUGAGGACUUUCUGGGCCAACACAUGAACUUAAUACAUCGCGAUCCUUUGAAGAAUAUUCUAGAUUUUCCCCCCGGUGAUGUGACUGUGAAAACAAUACCGAGAAAAAUUCGUACUGUGGAUCACAUAGUGCCCAAGGAGAACAUAAACGAUUUACCACAGCAUGUUCAAGAGUGUUUAAGUUGCUAUACGCGUCCAUGGAAAAUUGUUGAAUAUGCCCAGCGACACUACUCUAGCUCGUGCUGCACCCGCGAACGUAUUGAUCGCGGUACCAUUAGCCCUUCUUCCUACCAGCAGGAAUUUGAAAUCGACAAGGAUUUGGCAGCCUCAUUUGAUGAAACCCUGACCAUAGGGGAAAGCUGCACAUCCAGUUCUCGUCAAUCGAUGGCCAGCUUGGCUUCCGUAAGUGGCCUUAGUUCCUGUUGUACGGACACCUUAACACCUACACCACGUGGGUCUUGGGCCAGCUUUGAUUUGAGGCGCUCGGUAAAUGAUCCAUUGAUACCCAAUUUGCUGGACAAUGUCCCACCGGAGCAGAUCGAUCAAACAAAUGAGACACGCAGGCAAGAAAAUCGUCAGGAUACUUUGUUUUCGCUUUAUCCGUAUACAGAGACCGGUUCAGAAAGCGAUGUUAUUGAAAGACGCCUGCCCGCCGAAAUUCCCAUGGAACAUAUGGGUCAUCGCAUCCAGGUAAAAUGUCUUCAGUUGCGCCUAGAGCUCGAAGUGGAACCUAUUUUCGCCUCUAUGGCCAUCUACGAUGCUCGAGAAAGACAAAAAGUUUCAGAGAACUUUUACUUUGAUAUGAAUUCGGAGAGUCUGCGCCGAAUGUUGGCGGGACAUGUUGGCACUCCGGAUGUUAGCACACAGAGUCAUGCAGCAAUCUUUGAGAUUUCACAACCAAGCAAUGAUCUGUUCUUAGUAAUACGCCUGGAAAAGGUGCUACAAGGCGACAUCAACAACUCGGUUGAACCGUAUCUCAAGGAUGACAAAGAGAAGUACAGAGAAAAAGUAAAAUGCAACGCGGCAGACUAUUGUGAGAGAUUGGGCAAGUAUCGUAUGCCGUUUGCAUGGACGGGUGUCUACUUAACGAAUGUUUUUAACGGAGAAAAUUUUGAGGGCAAAGAAAUGGGCCCACAGGACGCGGGACAGCAAGCCGGCCUGGGCACAGCGCCAACAGCGAGUUCCAACAGCCUGGAUCGCAAAUCAUCGACCAGUAGUUUUGAUCAAUUGCGCAAAAAGGCCAACGACAUGGGAGGAACAUUAACAUUAACCAGGCGCGGUUCACUGGAACGCAACAAAGACACCAAACGCCGUCGUUCUUGGUCUCCGGACGAUUUUGGAAAUGUCGUUGAGACAUUUCGACCAAUCACAUUGACCAUUUCGAGCUUCUUUAAGCAGGAAGCCGACAAAAUGAAAGAUGAAGAUUUGUAUAAGAUUUUGCCUGAAUUGAAGCGACCAAGCUCUUCCUUGAUGAAAAAAUACAAAUGCAUACCAGGAUCAAUUAAAUUGGAAAUAUCUCCCUGCGAGGAAUUGGUGAAAAAUUCUCUUUCCCCAGAGUUGGCAAAGAUUGAACCACAAACAAAUACCAGCUGCGAAGUUGUACGUCCCGUUAAAGAGAUAUUAGAGUUUCCUACAGUGCCAAUUUAUAAUCCGCACUACUCGUACCGCAAUCUCCUGUUUGUCUCGCCAAAGGAACUGAAUUUCUCAGCACGGGCCGGGUCGGCUCGAAACAUUGCAGUGCGUGUACAAUUAAUGGCUGGCGAGGAUCAGAGUGAUGCUGUUAGUGCUAUUUUUGGUAAAUCCUCGUGUCCCGAGUAUUCCACUGAAGCCUUUACUGCUGUCAACUAUCACAACAAGUGUCCUUCUUUUUACGAUGAGAUUAAAAUCGCUCUUCCGGCGGCGAUUAAGCAGAAUCACCAUUUGUUCUUUACCAUUUAUCAUGUCUCCUGUCAAAAAAAGCCGCAGCAUCACGAAAUGCAACAACCGGCGGCUGUAGAAACUCCAGUUGGCUAUACGUGGCUCCCACUACUCGAGGAUGGAAAAUUGCGAGUGGGCGAAUUCAAUUUGCCUGUCAUGGUGGAGGCGCCACCUGAAAACUAUUCUUUUAUUCCUCCAAACGUUCACUUACCCGGCAUUAAGUGGUUGGACAAUCAUCGAGCCGUUUUCACUCUACAGGUGGAUGCCAUGACGGCUAUCCACACAUUGGAUUCUCAUCUUGACCGGUUUUUUUUAAUUUGCGAAUACUUAGCCUCGCGUAACAUACCAUCCCAUAUUGGCGAAACCAAUCUGGAAGGCGAAUUAAAAAAAUGCCUUCUUGAUAUUGAGCACACAGAUCGGGAAUCAUUGGUGAAACAUUUACCUUUAGUGCUGGACAAACUCAUUGAGCUGCUAGUUACCACUCACAAACUUAAUUGUGGUCAGAUUCAAGUCGGUGCUACAGUGUUUGAAGUUCUGGGCCUAGUUUCACAACAUUUGGCCAUAUUGCAGCAGGAUGAUGAACAUUCGGUUGUUGACCAGUACGGGCGCCAGAGCCUGUUGUCCACGUAUGUACAGUUUCAAAGUAAAAUACCUCACCCGCAGAUGACGGUCGCUAACUUAGCACCUAGUAAUCAGCGGCAGGUGCGGAUUCUACAUGAGGAAUUAGCCCUACAUUGGGUUGUGGCCAGCGGAAAGGCCGCAGAUCUUGCUAUGACUAAUUCGUGGUUCCUAUUUGAACUGAUGGUUAAAUCUAUGAUUGAACAUUUACACAACACCAAUACAUUGAGCUCUAAUACUCCCAGAAAACAGCGUUUUCCCCACCAAUUUAAUGAUGAUCUCUCCACAUUGGUUCAUCUCGUAACAACUAAGGUUGUUGGAUAUCACAGUACAAGCAAUGAGCCAAAGCUAGCCCAAUCUCUAAACGCCAGUCUUGGAUUUUUCAUUUUCGAUAUAUUAAGCAUUAUGGAUCGAGGAUUUGUUUUUGGUCUAAUUAAAACCUAUACAAAAGUACUCAUCUCGAAAAACGCUUCAAUUCCAGAUUUAAUGAACUACAAAAUUGAUUUUCUACGUAUUGUGGGCAGUCAUGAGCAUUUUGUAGCCCUGAAUUUGCCAUUUGCGACGUCAUACAUGACCAUUUCUAAUUCCCACUCAGCUCCAUGCAGUCCCACGCCGAGUACUACAUCAAGUAAUAGUCAAGCUUCAUUUGGGUCAGGCUCUGGAUCUAUUGAGCGUCCCUUGUACGCUGAGCUUAGCCAGGAAUUUCGCCAACAACAUUUCCUUGUGGGUCUUGUGCUAAGCGACUUGGCCACCGUAAUGGAGGUUCCAAAUCCACCAAUUCACGGAAAGGCUAUUCGCUGCAUACGCAACUUGAUGACUUCGCAUGACCUAGACGCCCGAUAUGAUAAGGAUGCUCGAGCCAGAGUGGCUUCGUUGUAUAUCCCUCUAAUGGGAAUUGUAAUGGACAACAUUCCCCAACUACAUCAGAAUGAUCACGAUCAAACGCAUGAUCGCCUUCAACAGAUAGGUCAUCUUGAAGACUACCAAGGACCGCAUCAGUCAAUUACUACUGCAACAAUAAGUCCAGAGGUUGCAUAUGCCAUUUCCGGUAGUCAGCAGUACAACUACCUUUCCGAGCAGGUGAAGAAUAAAUCGCCGCUUAGCAUUGAGAAUUCACGGCAUUUACUGGCUUGUUUCCUAUGGGUGCUAAAAAAUUUAGAACGUUCCAUUAUGUACCGUUGGUUGUUGGGUCUGAGUCCACAUCGCGUUCACCAAAUGUUACAGGUACUCAAUGUCUGUCUUAGAACUUUCGAGUACAAAGGCCAUCAACAAAAGCGCCUGCCUACUCUAAAGAGAACUAAUACACAGAGUUUUCGGAAAACUGCUCCGCCUUCGGAUGUUAAGGAAAAACUUGAAGAGUGCAUUCGAGGAACAAAUUCCGCACGGUACGAUCUGAUCAAUCGACGUAAGGAUCGCAACUCAACUGAGAAAUUGCGUUGGCGCAAGGAUUAUAUGCCCCAAUAUCGCUCACAAUAUGCAUUCAGCGGGAAUGGAGCAAAGAGCACUGAUCUGGAACUUGAAUUGAGCCACUUCAUUGAAGGAUCGUUGGCUACUGAGAUUGCACUUGUGAUUCUUGAUACUCUGGAGACCAUUAUUCAUGUUGCGACCAAUCUACAUCAUAAUUUACUUGGCACCGUUCUUAAGGUCUUACUGCAUGCCCUCUCUCGCAACCAGUCUACUUUGGCACUACAAAAUUUAUUUGCAUCUCAGCGGGCCUUGAUCUUCAAAUUCCCGAAUCUCCUUUUCGAUGAGGAAACAGACAUUUGUGCGGAUCUAUGCUUGAUCCUACUUAAGCAUUGUGGCUCACUUUUACCCGGAAUACGGUCUCAGGCAGCUGCAUCACUAUAUCUUUUGAUGCGACAGAAUUUCGAGAUUGGCAAUAAUUUUGCUCGAGUGAAAAUGCAGGUUACUAUGUCAUUAAGUUCUUUGGUAGGCACUAGUUCGUCUUUUAGUGAGCAAUCGUUGCGUCGCGCCUUGAAAACCGUGUUGGUGUACGCUGAACUACAGGAUGCCGAGCUUCAGGAUACAACCUUCCCCGAACAGGUGCAAGAUUUACUGUUUAAUCUGCACAUGAUACUUUCUGACACGGUUAAGAUGAAGGAAUACCAAGAGGACCCGGAAAUGUUGUUGGAUUUGAUGCAUCGGAUAGCCAAAGGUUAUCAGAAUAAUCCCGAUUUGCGGCUAACCUGGUUGGAAAAUAUGGCUAAGAAACACAGAGAACGCGCCAACCAUACUGAGGCAGCUAUGUGUUAUGUUCACGCGGCUGCAUUGGUGUCUGAAUAUCUUAGUAUGCUAGAAUCGCAGACUUAUUUACCCAUUGGUGCCGUCACUUUUCAAAAGAUAUCUCCAAACAGUCUUAUGGAGUCCGCCGUUUCCGACGAUGUUCUAAGUCCGGGCGAAGAUGGCAUAUGCCUGGGAAACCAUUUUACGGAGACAGGCUUAAAAGUUUUGCUGGAGGAAGCGUCCAACUCUUUUCAAGUAGCUGGCAUGUAUGAAGCAAUGAACGAAGUUUACAAAAUCUUGAUUCCCAUCUGUGAGGCUAACAGAGAAUUUCAAAAGUUGAGUAAAGUGCACGGAAAACUACAGGAAGCAUUUAAUCGAAUAGCACAAUUGCAGGGUAAACGUGUAUUUGGCACAUAUUUCCGGGUAGGCUUCUAUGGAGCUAAGUUUGGAGAUCUGGAUCAACAGGAAUUCAUAUAUAAAGAGCCCACAUUAACCAAGUUGCCAGAGAUAUUCAGUCGUCUUCAGAAUUUUUAUACGGAACGAUUCGGGUCUGACUGUGUGCACAUUAUAAAAGACUCAAAUACCGUUGAUGUUAAUUCGUUGGACCCAGAAAAGGCAUAUAUUCAAAUUACUUAUGUUGAGCCUUAUUUUGAAACCUAUGAAAUGAGAAAUCGAGAGACAUAUUUUGAGCGUAAUUUUAAUAUCCAACGUUUCAUAUUUGCGACACCCUUCACUAAGACUGGGAAAGCUCAUGGUGAACUACCAGAACAAUGCAAGCGAAAGACAAUUUUAACCACAGCCAAUCAUUUUCCAUAUGUUAAGACGCGCAUAAUGGUGAUUAGUCGGCAGCAGAUUGUUCUGGAACCCAUUGAAGUCGCUAUUGAAGAUAUUCAAAAGAAAACUAUAGAAUUGGCUGCCGCUACAAGUCAGGAACCAGCUGAUCCCAAAAUCUUGCAAAUGGUUUUACAAGGCUGUAUUGGCACCACUGUCAAUCAAGGACCCAUGGAAAUGGCCACUGUAUUUCUUUCAAACCUUUCUGACGGUAUUACUAUACCCACAAAGCACCAAAAUAAACUACGUUUGUGUUUCCGAGAAUUUUCAAAACGUUGUGCUGAUGCUUUGAAAAAAAAUCGUAAUUUGAUACUCUCCGAUCAAAAGGACUAUCAACGAGAACUUGAGCGAAAUAAUGAACGAUUUAUAGAACGCCUAACACCUUUAAUCACACUGACAGCAGCCCAAAACCAAGGCGUCGUAAGAGCGAACGCAUAUAACAAUAAAAGCACUCCAUUGAAAUGGUAAUUUUUGGAUGACGACCGUGUUGACCAUUUAUAUUACGUUCUUUCUAUUUGCAUUUCAUGUCUAGCGUUGCGGAUUAUUUUAAGUAACUUUACCGUUAAGUCUUCUAUCAAAUAUAGCAUUUACAUCGACUUGGUAUAAAAUAUGUACUCGUAUAAAGUUUUCAAUAGAUUAUUUGGAAAUCUACGUAAACAGUCACUUGAGGACACCUAUCGUUUACAUGAAAUACAUAUUACAUCUACACCUACACCAUAUUUAUUUAUAUAUACAUAUAUAUCUUUAAUAAAAUAACCACAGUAUUUAUAUCAAUGUAAAGACGCAUAAGCUGCAAAACCAA